AGUAAGCGGAAAACGAAGAUUAUUCAUCAGAAGUUUUUUUGAAGUUAUUUCUGCCAGACAACUUAAAACACCGUCGAUUCAUCGGAUCGCACGAAAAAACUGUUUGAAGCCACUAAAUUUUUGUCUACAAAAUUUAAAGGAACAGUUAAAACUAAGACCUCGGGUAUUGUUUUUGUUUGGUUUUUGCAUUCACGAUGAAGUCAAAAAACUUAAGCUUUUUGCAAUACAUCUUCGUUGGCUCGUUUAUUUUGUUCAAGUUUUGUGAUUGUCUACAUAAAUCAGAAGAAUAUGGUCCGACAAAUGGAGUUGAGGGAGAGCAACGUUUGAUGAAGAAAUUGAAGAGUAGCAUACCUACCAUGUGGCCGCCUGUGGAUAUGGUCAACAGAACGGUAUUCAUCUAUGUUGAUCUAUUCAAGAUACAAGAAGUGGACGAAAAGAAUGGCAUGUGGGUCGGCAAAUUCUUCAUCUAUGUCUACUACUAUUCGCCCAGUGCCCAAUGGAACAAGAGUGAAUACAACAAUGGCACCGUCGAGUCAUUCCUCCUUCCCAAAGGCACACUUUGGAUGCCCGAUAUUAUUGUACAUGAGGCAUCGGAAAGAAAGUAUGACGCGUUUAACAGACAGGUGGUGUUUGAACAUGGAAUGAUUUUGGCAAUGACGACUCUAACAACUUGUCAAAUGAGUUGCCUCUUCGAUGUGUCCCAGUUUCCCUUCGAUUCGCAGCAAUGUGUAGUAACUUUGACAACUCAUGUGUCGCGACCAUCCGACUACCAGCUAGGCCUGGAAGAUAGAUUCUUUCCUCCCAAUAGCUUUGGGAAGUCACACCUGCCUCUAAAGUUUUUCACUGCUAGCGACCAAUGGCGACUCAAAACACCCGUUCAAAUUCAAUUGGACGAGUUGCCACCUACACAAAACGAGACUCGGGGUCGUCCAAUGAUUCGUGUAACCAUUGAUCUGCAACGUCGUCCUUUAUUCUACAAACUGGUGUUUGUGUACCCGUCUGUCAUUUUGUACCUCCUAUCUUCCGUCACUUUUUUCAUCCCCCCAGAUUCGGGGGAGAAAGUUUCGUUUGCAGUGACUAUCUUGUUAACGGAAGUAGUGUCGUGUGGGACACUGGUGGAUGUCUUGCCCGCCAGCUCACAUCACGUGCCCUUUCUGAUUUUUUUCAUGGCUGCAGUCACACUCCACCUCACUUGCACAUGUGUCAUGGCCGUCUCAGAUAUUCUGAUCUACCACAUCAAUGCGGAUAAAUUGAAGUGA